AUGGCUUCUGCUGGUGAACGUCAAACGUUGCGCCUUGGGAAUACAGCUCCCAACUUCGACGCCGAGACCACCGCUGGUCCCAUCAACUUCCAUGAAUUCAUUGGCGACAACUGGGUAGUCCUAUUCUCGCACCCGGAAGAUUACACCCCUGUCUGCACUACUGAGCUCGGUGCAUUCGCAAAACUCGAGCCUGAGUUCACCCGGCGUGGCGUGAAGCUCAUUGGCCUUUCUGCCAACACGAUUGAGAGCCACGGUGGUUGGAUCAAGGACAUCAACGAGAUCAGUGGGAGCAACCUCAAAUUUCCCAUUAUUGGUGACAAGCAGAGACAGGUGGCUUUACUGUAUGACAUGCUUGACGAGCAGGAUGCCACCAACGUCGAUGAGAAGGGUAUCGCUUUCACCAUCCGUUCUGUCUUCAUUAUCGACCCAAAGAAGACCAUCCGACUCAUCAUGUCUUAUCCUGCUUCAACUGGACGCAAUACUGCAGAGGUCCUUCGUGUAGUCGAUUCUCUCCAAACCGGCGACAAGCACAGAGUUACCACACCUAUCAAUUGGGUACCUGGCGACGACGUGAUCGUACAUCCUGCAGUCAAGAACGACGAAGCCAAGACCUUGUUCCCUGAUUUCAAGAUCAUCAAACCAUAUCUGAGGACCACUCCUUUGCCAAAGGAGAAGACCAGUGCUGCAUAG